GAUGCUCCCACUUUCACAACAGAAGCGCGGAGCGCCCUGCCCGGAGAGAGAGAGGAGGAAUACAGUUUGACAACGACUAUUUUCGCUCCUAGCAGCUGUGAAAAGUCAUUUCUGUGGCGGGAGAGUCAGCCGGUCGGUCAGUCCGCUCUUCAGACCCGCAAUUCUGCGUUUUUUUUUUCUUCCUGCAGCUGAAGAACAACAAUCGUGUUCAUGAUCACCAGGAAGCUCCUCAUUUUUUCUUACCUGGACUAACUCGCAGGCGACGGUGUUUUUCUUUUUUUUUCUCCCUUUCUUUCUCUUUUUGUAUUUUUUUUUCUCGACCAGCAUGUUGUGGAAAUUAGCAGACAACGUGAAGUAUGAGGAUGACUGCGAGGAAAGACACGACGGCAGCAGCAAUGGCAACCCCCGGCUGCCCCACCUGCCCGCGGUCAGCCAGCACCUCUACAGCCCGUCUCCCUCCCUCUCACACUCGGCCAGUUCGGACUUCCAGCCCCCGUACUUCCCGCCUCCCUACCAGCCCAUCUCCUACCCGCAGUCCGGCGACCCCUACUCGCACCUCGGCGACCCUUUCAACAUCAACUCCAUCCACCAGUCCCCGUCGUCGAACCAGCAGCAGCCGUGGCCCGGCCGGCAGGGCCAGGAGGGGCUCGGGGGCCACGGCAGGAGCGGCCUGGCCAGCCAGAUCCUGGGCCUGGAGGGGGGCUCGUCCGGGGUGAGGAGGGAAGGCUUCCGCCGGCCGGAGCUGCUGCCCCCGCACGCGCACAGUCUGGACUCCUCGGUUAUUGGUGACAAUAUGGGCAUGCACGACAUGGGCCACGGACUGGAGGAUGUGCAACAUGUGGAUGACCACAGUAUUGUCAUGGCUGACCAGACCGUAAUCAAAAAAGUAUUAGGACUACGAGGUGGCAGGAACCUUGAUCGCUUACAGAGGACUUAUUAUCAGGGGGGCAUUCUUGCGGGUCCUGUCACUCUACCGAAAGGCAACGCGCUGGGCCUUCCUUUCCAGAAAGAGUCCCUGCUGGGGAUGGUAUCAAACCCCACGGAGGUGUUCUGCUCCGUACCGGGCCGGCUCUCCCUGCUGAGCUCCACGUCCAAGUACAAGGUCACCGUGGCUGAGGUCCAGAGGCGUUUGUCAGCCCCAGAGUGCCUCAACGCAUCGCUCCUGGGCGGCGUUUUACGCAGAGCCAAAUCAAAAAAUGGAGGUCGUUCUCUGAGAGAAAAACUGGAUAAGAUUGGGCUGAACCUGCCUGCAGGAAGAAGAAAGGCAGCCAACGUCACUCUACUUACCUCACUAGUAGAAGGCGAAGCGGUUCAUUUAGCAAGAGACUUUGGCUACGUGUGCGAGACGGAGUUCCCCGCAAAGGCCAUCGCCGAGUACCUGGGAAGGCCACAUGUGGAGCGCAACGACGUCAACUCCCGCAAGAACAUGCUGCUUGCUGCCAAGCAAAUCUGCAAGGAGUUCACUGACCUGCUCUCUCAGGACCGCUCGUCCAUCGGUAACACCAGACCGGCGCCCAUCCUGGAACCCGGAAUUCAAGGCUGCCUGACUCACUUCAGCCUCAUCACUCACGGCUUCGGCUCCCCGGCCAUCUGCGCCGCCAUGACCUCGCUGCAGAACUACCUGAACGAGUCUCUAAAACAAGUGGACAAGAUGUACCUGAGCUCCGGCAGCGACACCCAGGGAUCCUCAGACAGUGGGAGCAAAUCUGCCGACAAAAUAGACAAGCACAGGAAAUGAGAGCUCAGAGGAGAAUCCGUAUGAACUUCAGAGCCCCCGAAUCCCUCACUGCGUGGUCUGCCCCUUUUUUGGACAUUUUUUUUAAUAGGAAAAAAAAAACAAAAAACGUCAAUAUUAAGUAUUGUCAUUUUGAGAGCUGAAUUGGUACGCAAGUGUGUGUAUGUGUGUGUGUGUGCGUGCGUGUGUGUGUGUGUGCACUCUUGCACUGUAAAUUUCUAUUUUUGAGAAGUUGUGGACUUUCAGCUGAGCCGUUGUUGGCGUCCGCGCUGAACGCCGCCGACCGGUCCUCGAUGGGAGCCCACUCUGUGAAAAUGUAGCGAGCGCCGCGUCAGACCGACCACUAUGCAGUUCAACACGGUCGACGGUGUGGCGACGCUACCGCCAUAGGACCUUCCCUGACAAGCAAGAGGAAAACAAAAUAUACAAAUACAUGUUUUGUUUUGUUUUGUUUUUUCUCCCGAGAGGACAUCAUUUCAAGAUGAGUGGCUGUGAAUUCCUCUGUUCCCCCCUCCUGCUCUGUCUGCAGGCAAAUCCGAUGAUUUCCUGUGUCUCAAUGGACUUGCAAAGGACAAUUUCAUGUGAGUGUGUGAGAGAGAGAGAGAGAGAGUGAAAGAGAGAGAAGAAAAUCCACUUAGUUUUCUUUAUUCUUUGUGCUCGAUUUGUACAACCACUUCAAAACGGCUCCAGUGUUAUCGUGCUUUUUGUUUUUCCUGGGAGAUGAUUAAGCCUUGUGUUUGGGCUGGAAGAAAAAAGUGAUUAUUAGUAUGUCAGUUCGUGCUCGGUCUAAAACCAGAGAUCUUAAAGUUGCAACGAUAGAAGCCUCUUCAGUGUUUAUGUGGAUUACAGGCACAGCAAUGCUUCCAUUAUUACACUGUCUUUAAAAGAUGGCGGUGAAACUUUUUUUUUUUUUUCUGUGAGCAAGGUAUUCAUCCUCCUUAGUAUUUAAAAACCCUGAGUUAUUAUCACCCUACCAACAAGCUCAGUCCUGCCAGUGUGCUGCAUGUAUGUUGUGAGAGUGUGUGCAAAUGUACAUACUUCUUUCUUUUAAAAAUGUUUCUAAUUAGACAUUAAAUUCCAAACAGAAUAUUAUCCAGUGUCGUGUCCUGGAUGUAAAUAUUUUCUAAUUUAUGUUGUAAUUUAACGGGCUUCUGUAAAUAAUGGUAUCACUCUGGUGUAUGGUUUCAACUUUUUAUGAUGUGUUUAAACUUUUAUAAAUGGGUUAGUUUUUUAUCGCGUAGAGGUUAGGAAGUGGGCAUGAUAUACUUUUUUUGAAAAAUAUGUUAAAACUGUUCUGAAGUUUGAGGGGCGGGGGGGACAAAAUGAAAUAAAAUGAAAGCCUCAAGCCUGA